UUUAAAAUUAAUAUAAUAUUUGCGGUGACACUCGCACGGAUUGUUGUGCCUUUAGCCCGCUGUGCUACAGAAUUGACUUCCGUGUCCGGAGUUGCGCAUGCGCGCGCUGUCGCCGAGAAACCGAAACCGAAGCGGGCUGUUUGUGUGGUCAGUGCUCUGAGAUAUUAGAAGGUGUUUUUAGUCUGUUAUUGCGAUGCGACCAGAAGAGCGGGGUUCUCCUUCAUUAGAUAAACGGUGUAUUCUGUGUAAGAGAACGGAGGAGACUAAAACCACAGGCCCUCUGUCAUGUAAGCAGGGCAUCGCAGCUCACCAGGACUGUUUGCUAUAUGCAUCUGGGAUUUACUGUAAAAACUCUCCCGCCUUUGAUGACCUGUUUGGCUUUGACGUGGAAGAUGUGGAAGAUGAGUACAAAAGAGGAAGAAAACUAAAAUGCUACAAAUGUGGGCUUAAUGGAGCGACAGCUGGGUGUGAGGUUAAAUCCUGUAGACGCUCUUACCAUUACCCAUGUGCCAUUGAGGCUCAUGCAAAAUCUGUGGAGGACCGACAAAUCGGCAUCUUCAAGUUAUAUUGUGAAAAGCAUAAUCCACAUGCUAGCAGUGCUGAAGAAGGUGAUGCUAAAGUAGUUUCUUCUACUUCCGGAUGUAAAAGAUCAGAGAUGAGUCAGCAGGACAACAGUUGUAGGGGAUCUGAGAGUGACUCUGAAACACCAACAAGAAGAAGCCUGAAUAGGAAAAGGAAAUAUAUGGACAUUUAUUCUUCUGACUCAGAUGAAACUCAGAGUGUGAUUGAUCCAAAUUUAGGACCAAUAGAAUCAGACCAGGAGGAUAACACACCUCCAAUAGACAAUAUGUUGUGUCACAAUAGUGAAACUGCUGUCAUUGAAUGCUUUGAUGAUGGAAGCAGGGACAAUAAGGAGCCUCGACAAGGAGUUGCUCUGGCUUCUAGUGGUGGUUGUGGUGAUGGUGGUGGUGAAGAUGAAGCUUCUAGAGAUUCGGAUUCUGAGUCUCAGAGUCUGUUACUAACAGAGUACUGCCAAGAGAACGUGCCAAUCACUGUUAUUGCAGAUUCAGGACCUUCCACUGAAUCAAUUGCAGAGAACAGCCCUGACCCCUGCUCCCCUGUUGCACCAAGCCCAGCAGACCCUGCUUUGAGUAACUUGGAUCAGUCUGUCUCUGCCCCUGAGCAGGUCGUAGCCCUUCACUCCAACAUCACCAUUCUACCAAACCCACCUGUUCCUGCCUGCCCAUCUCUCGACUCCCUUCCAUCCGAUGCCAAUGGUGAAUCCUCAAGUGUGAAAGAAGCUUCAUGUGGCGACCCUUCUCUGAAACUUGAACGCUGUGCAUCUCGGAACCAACCACCUGUACAAAUGACAGAUGAGCUACCAGGAUGUCAUGUAAAGCACCCUUGUGAUAAUCCAUUAGACCUUACAGCACCAGAAGGGUGCCUCAUGGCACAUGUUCAGGGUGGUAAACCUGUAGACCAGGUGGCCGUGUCGAACUCAAGUGCUGCCCUCUUCUGGAGGAGAUGUAACGAGGUGGGCUGCACACAGGCUAUAUUCACAGAGCUCACACGUCAGCUCACUAACUUGGCUGAGAGGGUGCAGAACCAGCAUGCCACACAACAGGAUUAUGCUGUCUCUCUCAGGAUACUGGAGGCAUCAGGGAAGCUCCCUGCAAUAUUCAGACAAAUGGAGCAAGAUUUUGAAGAUCAAGAAAUACAGCUGCAGAGAAAGAAAGAGGCAUUAAGAGAUGCCAAGGCAGUGCUUGACCAGAAUCAAUUUAGCUGACGUUAAUUAUUUUUUGAGUCACUUUUUAAAAAAUCUUGUAUAUUACACAUUAUUUUCUCUCUUUUUUUAGAUUUUUUAAUUAAUUUUAUAUCAAGCUUGAAUUCCUACUGUGCAUAUACUCAUGUUUAGCUUUACAUGCUUAAGGGUGCAUUACAGCUCUGUGAGUGUGGUCUGCUUACGCUAAGGGAAGGAAAAGUGCCUUGGAUUUUUUUUAUACAUGUGUGUCUCGUAUUUUUCAUGAUAUAUAAUUGCAUUAGUUAGCCCUUAUACCAGUGGCAAAUGAUUUGAGAGUAGUCGGCAUGCCAUUAGACGUAGAUUCCUCAAUGUGCCAUUUGUUCAUAUUGGUUUGCACUUGUUUUAAUUAAAAUUAUUUCUAAAUUA